UUCAGGCCUUGACGUCCGCCCUCCGGGGAGGAAACGGAACGGAUCUGUAGAUGCAGUUUUGCUCUGCUGGCCGGUUCCAGAACAAACCGGGGCGAGUUAAUCACGGAAUGACGCAGUGCUGCUUUACUCUGUCAUAUAUCUUCAUAGACAAUUCACAAACGAAUCUCACGUGGGAGAGUGACAGUAGUGCCAACUACCAGAGAACAUACGGUUAUCACUAUUUGAAAGUCAUCAACAGAUCCUGGAUAUUGAUCCCGGUGCAGGAUAGCCGUGAACGUGACACCAGACUUUUCGUCUUGGGGCACACACCCAGAAGCUUGGAUUAGGGUAAAUUACGCGGUGGAUUGUACCUGUGCGCCAUGUCAAUCUUGCCCUCUUUUGGCUUUACCCAAGAGCAAGUCGCAUGCGUCUGCGAGGUGCUGCAGCAGGGUGGAAACCUGGAGAGGCUCGGACGUUUCCUCUGGUCUCUGCCAGCCUGCGACCACCUCCACAAGAACGAAUCCGUACUUAAAGCAAAGGCUGUGGUGGCCUUCCACCGGGGAAACUUCCGUGAUCUCUAUAAGAUCCUCGAGAGCCAUCAGUUUUCCGCACACAACCAUCCUAAGCUUCAGCAGCUGUGGCUUAAGGCGCACUACGUGGAGGCGGAAAAGUUGCGAGGCCGCCCGCUUGGGGCUGUGGGCAAAUACCGCGUGCGCAGGAAAUUCCCUUUGCCCCGUACGAUCUGGGAUGGCGAGGAGACCAGUUACUGCUUUAAGGAGAAGUCUCGGGGCGUGCUGCGUGAAUGGUAUACACAUAAUCCCUAUCCAUCUCCACGAGAGAAAAGGGAGCUGGCGGAUGCAACGGGACUGACCACCACACAAGUCAGCAAUUGGUUUAAAAACAGAAGGCAGAGGGACCGGGCAGCCGAGGCAAAAGAGAGAGAAAACAGUGAAAACAACGGCGUUGGAGGUAUUAAUAAGCAAAACCAGCGGUCCCCGCUCGACGGAGUAAAGUCGCUGAUGUCCAGCUCGGAGGAUGAGUUCUCCCCGCCCCAGAGUCCUGAACACAACCCCGUGCUUUUACUGCAGGGGAACAUGAACAAUUCCGGGGCUUCUCCUUACCCAAUGCCCGGCCUCGGAGCACAGCAUUCAAUACACAAUAUGCAAGGACAUCCGCACCAGAUCCAGGAUUCACUCUUGGGAUCUCUAACAUCCAGCCUUGUGGAUUUAGGAUCCUAGGAUGUUUCGCUCAAAUUUUGAAGGACAAUAUACUGGAACAUAAACAUGAAUAACCCAUAUUUACGGCAUUACUGCAUAGCCUAUUCUUAUGACGCACAGAACAUUUGCUGCAUCGAUUUAUUCUGUUGAAAAAAUGUUUAGAGAUGGGAGAAUCAAAUGGGCUUCUCUAAGCUUCAAGAAUUUUGAGUUUGCUGGACAAGUAAAAUUAUAAAACUAGCAAGGCCAGCAUUUAAAUGCAUCAACUGCAUUGCUUAACUGGAUAAAAAAGUUUUAAUAAUUUAUGAUUAAUUUAUAUUUUUUGCUGCAUUUGACAUUACCAAGGAGUUUUAAUUAAAAAAAUCAUUGGCUUCAAAUAUAUUCAGCUAACAACU